UAUCGAUAACCGCUGUUAGCCGCUUUCGCAAACAGAAGAAGAAGCAAGAAGUAAACAAACUAGACAUCCAACUAUAUCUUAAUUAUUUUUUAUGCCAAAACAAUGCAAAUAAAUCCAAAAAUCCACACAGAAGCGCAAAUAAAAAACGAGCAGGAUGCAAAUCAGGCGCGCAUCUCCCAAAUUGAGGAGUUCAUCAACGAUGUGCUGAAAGAGGACCUCAGACAGCUGGAAAAGUGCAUCGGACAGUUCAACGAGGAGAUCAUGGAAUAUGUGCAGCUGAAAAACACCCUCCAGACCUUCGACAGCCACCUAACAGAUGGCUACAAAACGCAAGUCAAUAUCGGCAGCAACGUAUUCAUGCAAGCUCGCGUCCGGAAAAUGGACAGCAUUCUGGUCAAUGUGGGCAAGAAUGUGUACCUGGAGAUGAGCAUUCCGGAGGCAGAACGCUUCAGCGACACCCGCGUCAAGAUCUUGACCAAGCAAUCCGAUGUCCUGCGCGAAGAAAGCGUCAAGAAAAGGGCCCAAAUCAAAAUGGCACUAAUAGCAAUCAGCGAAAGAGCCAAACUAAUUCAGCAGGAUGAGAACAAGUAGUCUAACUGCCUCCACAGAAGCAGAUAAUGAGUACUCUUUAAGAGCUUUGGCUAGUUAACUUGUGACAACAAGGAUUCAAGGAGUUUUCAAUAACUCUUGAGUGAUCAGUUUUACCAAGAUUA